AUGGUCAACGUCGCAGUUGCUGGAGGUACCGGCAAUGUUGGCCGUACAAUAGUCGAGGCUCUCAAGGCACAGACUCGUCACACCCCUUUCCUUCUCACUAGAUCUUCUACACCCCCGGACAUUGGAGUGCCUGCAAUACAAGUCGACUAUUCCGAUGUUGAAAGCCUAAGCGAGGCUCUUGAAAAGAACAAUAUUCACACCGUCGUCAGCUGCGUUUCCUACGAGGGUGAUGCUCUCAAGGUCGCGCAAAUCAACCUGAUUAAGGCUGCCUCAAAAUCCAGUGCCACCAAGAGAUUUAUCCCUAGCACAUUUGGCAUAGAAUACCUAGCCAAUAGCAUCGAGGACUUGCCUGUCAUGGUUGACUAUUUUGGCGCAUUCGAUGAAUUGAAGAAGUCUGGCCUUGAGUGGACAGCUUUCCAGAACGGAACAUUCCUUGAUUACUGGGCUAUGCCUCAUAUCAAAACAUUUUUGAAACCUAUGUGGAUGGGCAUUGACAUUCCAAGCCGCGUGGCAGCGAUCCCGGGUGAUGGCAAUGCCCGCAUAACCCUUACAUACUCAUAUGACGCGGCAAACUUCCUCGUGGCGCUUCUUGAUCUUGAGAAGUGGCCAGAACGAAGCCGAUUCGCUGGCGAUGUCGUCACUUGGAAUGAGUUUCUCAAACUGGCCGAGGAAGUUACCGGUAUGUUACCCCAAUAA